GAGGCUUAACGAGACAUGAAUCAGCCUUCAGGGCUUCUAGACCGUCUCUCGCCUCGACCCAUGGUAUGCCCUCUAGUCCGAUUAGGACAUAAUUCUAGUACUGACGAGACUGCAGUUUCCUCUGAAGGGGCCAGCACGUAUGCAUCCGAAAACUACAAUUUCAGGUCUCAGUAUCACAAUUCCUAUGAGGCAAAUAAUGACAGAUUUCACAAUAAACAAUUGUCAAUUGACAAAAGUUAUUUGCAGAAACAGUCUCCAGAGUCUGACUACUUGCAAAACUACUAUCAACCACAUGCAUACCUAAAUGAAGGCUCAGAUUUUCAGACGAAAUAUGAACCAAGCUCACGCCAGUCACCACUGGACCAUAACCUGCCAUACCAAAAUAAGAACUCAUUGGAUCUGUCAUUUACCAUUAGUCAAAACUACUGGGACCAUCACGAGAACUAUGAAAAAAUCCAGAAUACACAGUCCAACAGCCAGAAUUAUUUCAGAUCGCCAAACCACCAACCUACAGAACAAAACUAUCUAUUAGAUAACUUCACGAAACUGGGGAAAUCUAGUCCAAGCCUCGACCAGGGGUACCACACCUUGAUGGUGUCUGCUAGUCCAGGUACCACCAACUUGUGGAACGGCAAUCUCUACAAGGGCAAGAAGUACCAGUCGAAAAACAACUCGUUCGAUAGGCUUCCCGAUGAACUGGUUGUCAAAAUUUUCUCUUUUCUCACCAGCGUUGACCUCAGCAUAACAGCACAAGUGUGUAGGAGAUUCGACAUUUUAGCGUGGACUCCCUCACUUUGGCGAGUCAUAACCUUAGACGAUGAUGGCGUUAGCGGGGACAAAGCUAUCAGGGGCGUACUGAGGCAGCUUUGCGGGCAAGGCAGAACGGGGGCCUGCCCUAGCGUUGAAAGGGUGCAUGUGACGAACGGUGCUAAGUUAUCUGAUAAGAGUCUGUUGCUGUUGGCCAGGAGGUGUCCGGAACUGACUCAUUUGCAGCUGCAGGGGUGUAGCAAUCUGACUAACACUGCGAUAUUCGAGGUUGCUACUAGGUGUAACAAUUUACAACAUUUUGAUAUAACAGGUUGUGUAAAAAUAUCUUGUAUAAGUAUAAACAGUGGACCCGAGCCCCCUAGGCGGCUGCAACUUCAAUAUCUUGAUUUGACAGAUUGUGUUGCAGUGCAAGACAGUGGACUGAUGGUUAUUGUGAGAAAUUGCCCACAGCUUUCUUAUCUUUAUCUACGAAGAUGUGUACAAAUAACUGAUGCCGGCCUGAAGUACGUGCCAAGCUUCUGUUCGUGUCUCAGGGAGCUGAGCGUUAGCGACUGCGCGAGCAUCACGGACUUCGGCCUCUACGAGCUAGCCAAGCUGGGCGCCGCCCUGCGGUACCUGUCAGUGGCGAAGUGCGAUCAGGUGAGCGACGCCGGGCUCAAGGUCAUAGCGAAGAAGUGCUACAAGCUGCGGUACCUGAACGCGCGCGGCUGCGAGGCCGUUUCGGACGACGCCAUCACGGUCCUGGCCAGGUCGUGCACCAGGCUAAGGGCGCUGGACAUCGGCAAGUGUGACGUCAGCGAUGCAGGCUUGCGCGCCCUGGCGGAGAGCUGCCCGAACCUGAAGAAGCUGAGCCUGCGCAACUGCGACCUGGUGACCGACAGGGGGGUGCAGUGCAUCGCGUACUAUUGCAGGGGGCUGCAGCAGCUGAACAUCCAGGAUUGCCAGAUCUCGCUAGAGGGGUACAGGGCUGUUAAGAAGUAUUGCAAGCGGUGUGUGAUAGAGCACAGCAAUCCGGGAUUUUUUUGAUAUUUUUUAUUGUUUAUUGAGUGUAAAUUUGUUGAAUAUUUAUUUUUGUACAUUUGUAUAUCAAUAUAUUUUAUUAUAUUUCCUAAUAAAAUAACGUUGAAUUGAAUGAAAA